UGUUUUUGUUGAUUACGUUUUUUGAGAUCAAAAUUUUGAAAUAUUUGCCGAAAAAUUCUCAAAAUUUUGUGUAGUAAAUUAAAAAUACUCUUGAAGCAGAGUUUUUCGAAUUCUUAUAACUCUUGUGCAAUGUGUUAUGAGUCAUGACAUGGUAAUUGUUAUGAUCUAAUGUUAUGAGAUACUCGAUAUCGGUCAUGGUUUUGGUCUUCAGAGUUAUCAUCAGUUAGUUUUUUCGAACCUACAUCUCAAUUUUUCGCCAUGGAAGUGGAUAUACCAUUGACAGACACUUCCAUUCCGACCUCAAUUGUCGCGAAUACUUCCAGCAAUAAUGCGAUCUCAUUGGGAAUGAAAACAGAAAAUGUCGAAUCCACGCCGAUUGAUGUUCCAGAUAAAAAUGUUCUUUCAGCAGUGUUACAAAUUUGCCGGAAAUAUAAUCUCAAGGGUACCGAAGAAGCCUUCAAGAAGGAAGUCAAUGUUUCUUCAGAUAUGGUUGCGAUGAGCUCGGAUUCAGAAGUGAAUAAAGUUUUGUCGGCAUAUAAAAGUGAAGGCGAUCCAAAUGUCUAUAAAGAUGCGUAUUCGGAUUUGAUGAGAUUCGUGGAGAAUUCGUUAGAUAUCUAUAAACAUGAAUUGGGAACGAUAUUGUAUCCGAUGUUUGUACAUAUGUACCUUGAAUUAGUUUACAAUGGAUAUAAAAGCCAAGCUAUAGAUUUCAUGAAAACCUACGGACCUAAACAAGAGGAUUAUUAUCAAGAAGAUAUUCGCAAAUUUUCCACCAUUACUGUAAGAGAUCAAAUGAAAGGAAACGAAAUAGCUGAAACUUUCAAAUCAAACGCUUUUAUUAUACGAAUGUCACGAGAUACCGUAUCAAUACUGAAACGGCAUUUGAACGAGAAAGAUCACAGUGUUCUGCUGAACAUAAUAAAAAACCACUUGUAUUUAGACAUGUAUGAAGGAGUAGCUCGUAACAAAGGUCAAAUCGAGAUCACUGCCGGUGCCAUGGUUGGUGAAGCAAAAAGAGAAGACAAUAAAGCUAAAGUAUUCUACGGCUUAUUGAAGGAACCAGAUUUACAAUGUUUUUUCCAAGCCGAAGAAGAAGAGGAAGAUGCUGGUGGUGAUGGCGACAAGCCUAAGAAAAAGAAAUCCAAAAAAGAUUCGUUGUUUAGUAAAAAAGCCAAAACUGAUCCAAAUGCUCCUCCUAAUGACAGAAUGCCAUUACCUGAAUUAAAAGAUGCCGAUAAAGUAGAAAAAGUUAAAGCUUUACGAGAAUCUUCGAAAAGAGUCACAUUAGGAGCCGACUCUCUGCCUUCAAUUUGUUGUUACACUUUACUGAAUUCAUUUUAUACAGUUUGCUGUGCUGAAAUUUCCGACGAUGCUAGUAUGCUUGCGGUUGGAUUCUCUGAUAGUAGAGUAAAAGUAUGGAGUCUCGUACCUCAAAAAUUAAAAACCAUGAAAAGCGCCGAACAACUUCAAGAUAUUAAUUUAGAAGCUGACGAUGUUAUGCAGAGAAUAAUGGAAGAUCGUUCCGCCGAAACUACCAAAACAUUACUUGGCCAUACUGGUCCCGUGUAUAAAACUUCGUUCAGUCCAGAUCGUUCAUUAUUACUGUCGUGUUCAGAAGAUGGCACAAUACGUUUAUGGAGCUUAUUGAUAUGGAGAUGCUUGGUAGUCUAUAAAGGUCACCUGAGUCCUGUUUGGGAUAUUGAAUUCAGUCCCCAUGGGUACUAUUUCGUAUCCGGAGGACACGAUAAAACAGCCCGUCUUUGGGUAACCGAUCAUUAUCAACCGAUUCGUGUAUUUGUCGGUCAUUAUUCCGACGUAGACUGUGUAAAAUUCCAUCCAAAUUCAAAUUACGUCGCGACAGGAUCGAGUGAUCGAACGGUUCGUUUAUGGGACUGUGUGUCAGGAUCUCAAGUUAGACUGAUGACCGGCCAUAAAGGCUCUGUUUCGGUUCUUUCGUUUUCCAUCGAAGGCCGUUUCUUAGCCUCUGCUGGCAUGGAUAAGAGCGUAUUGAUUUGGGAUUUGGCUCAUGGCCAUUUAUUAGCUGUAUUUGGAGGCCAUAGCGAACGUAUCGAGUGUUUGGCUUUCAGCAGAGAUGGCAAUAUUCUAGCUUCAGGUUCACAAGAUUGUUCCAUCAAGUUAUGGGAUUUUACUAAAUUCACCGAAGAGAUUUCAUUCGACGAUAUCAACGUUUGUCAUAAUCCAGAUGUAAAGAAGAAUAGCGAUCAUUUUUUAUUAAGAACUUUUGGCACCAAACAGUCGCCUAUUAUGAAUUUAUUCUUCACUCGAAGAAAUGUUUUGUUCAGCGUAACGUUUAAAAAAGCCGAAGAUGCGUUUUAAUAAUGUUGUUAUUUUUGUUGUUUUCCACCUUUCGAGUCGUGUUCAAAAUGUGAUCAUAUGUAUUUAUCAUUGAUUGUAUAAAAUGCAAAUAGAUAUUGUUUAAUUUUU